AUGCCGGGCAGAGGCGGCCUGUCCAGCAGCACUGUAAGCCUUAGCAUCCGGAAAUGCUGUUAUCUUACAGGAAAGGCACAGGGGUGGGGUAAGGCGCCCCCAGAAAACAAACAUCCACUCAGAGCGGGUCCGAGCACUCAGAAGCCCGGACAAAUACAAUCAAAUAUGGAAUUUUCAGCACUAGAGAACACCGCAAUGAUAUCUUCCCCAGACCUGUACCACUGUCCCUCUCUUCUGGAGACCUUGACCCGGAUUGAUCAAUUGUUUGUCCACAAAGAAAAAAGUUGUGCUGAAGUUUGUGCAGAAGUUUGCUGUGGAAUAAAGUUUAACAACCGAUAUACUGUGAAGAAUGACAAUGGGGAGAGCAUUUUUACUAUUCUUGAGGACAACGAUUGUUGUAACAGGACUUGCUGUGCUGGAGCACGUUCCUUCAUAAUGAGUGUUUUUAAUAACUCAAAUCAAGAGAUCAUCAGACUGGUGCACCCGCUUGUUUGGACUUGCUGCGGCAAUGAGCUGGAGGUUCAGUCCCCACCGGGCAUUAUCAUUGGAUAUGUUCAACAAAACUUUCACACUUUCCUACCUAAACUCACCGUUGAGAAUGAACGAGGUGAACCGGCAUUUAAGAUCGCGAAACAGCGUGUAUUCUUCUUCACGGAUCAAAUCUUUGAGCUGGUGUCUCUGAAUGAGGCAGCGACAGACAAUCCAUUUGGCAAGAUCGUCAAACCCUUCUCUAGCAGUGGACCCAAACGCAGGUGUGGAAUUUUGUGGUGA